GAUUACAACUGUGUUUACUUGGUAGCGCCUCUGUAUCUGCUGCUGAGAACUUGUGGUAUUGUGAAGUAGUGCGACUUGACCGACCAACACUAAGUAACAUCCUGGAACUAGUACAUGUCCAGUACUUGGCAACCGUGCGUCUAACCAAUCCGCCAAUGCGGCUAACGGGAUAAAAGUAAAACAGGUAUGCUGUGGGGUGUGCUGUGGGCAUUUCGCCCUGUGUUGUGGAUGGUGCGGUGGAUGUGGGAUGAGUGGGUGAGUACUAUCUUCACCCUUGUGGUGGGCUGGCGCAGGAAGAGCCUCCUCCCUCCUGUGUUCAACCCAAUACUUCUCCUCUCUGCUUCUGAACUCGCUGACAACAUCCGAGAAAGAAAGGUGAGCAGUGUUGAGGUGGUGCGGUCAUAUGUUACCAGAAUCAGCAAUGUUAACCCCAUUUUGAAUGCUGUAGCCCAAGAGAACUUUCAGGCUGCCCUGUUGGAGGCAAGGAUGGUGGACAAAAAGCUUGACCAGGGGCUGAGUGAUGGGAGCCUAACGAAAGAUUGGCUGAAGAAAAACCAGCCAUUUCUAGGGGUACCUUUCACCGUCAAGGAGACAAUUGCUGUGGCUGGGUUGCCACACACUGGUGGGCUGGUGGUACGUGGUGACGUGGUUGCAUCUCAAGAUGCUGAGGUGGUGAACAAGAUGAAGAAAGCAGGUGCCAUCUUGUUGGCAAACACCAACAUCUCAGAACUGGGCAUGUGGUGGGAAAGUGAUAAUCGAGUGUAUGGUAGGACCAAUAAUCCAUACGACACCAGACGUACUUCAGGAGGUUCAUCUGGUGGCGAGAGUGCAUUAAUGUGUUCAUGCGGGACGCCCCUCAGCCUGGGCACUGACACAGGGGGAUCUAUCCGCAUACCAGCAUUCUUUUGUGGUCUCUUUGGUCACAAACCAACAAGUGGUGUGGUGUCUCUUCGAGGCUGCAAUGUUCACUUUGAUAAAGAGUGGAGCGAUAUGCAGUGUGCUGGGCCCCUCACAAGACAUGCUAGAGACUUGAUGCCUAUCCUUACUGUUCUUGUAGGGGAAAAUUUUACAAAGUUAUCAAUUGGGAAACAUGUGGACCUAGGAACCCUUCAAAUUUUCACCAUGGAGAAUGAUGGUAAUGGUAUUUUAACAACACAUAUGCACUCUAGUCUAUUAGCUGUACAGAGAGCUGUCACCCAACACUUCCGGCACACUUAUGAUUGCACAGUGCAUAAGGUUGUUAUUCCUGGAAUGCGACGGUCUUUCCAAAUAUGGCAGGAGAAAAUCAAAGAAGAAUACGGUAAUAAUACUCCAAUGUUUGAACAACUAGCAGACAACAAGGGAGAAAUCAAUGUAUGGACAGAGAUUACACGAGCCAUAUUGGGUCGUGCACGACACACCAUACCCUCCUUGGCUCAGGCUGUUCUUGACAUAUUGGAUAGGGAGAUUACAUUCCUUAAGGACCAGACAAAAGUACUGAUGGGCAAAGAAAACACAGCUGUUUCCACAUCAAGAAUGCAGAUGGAAACUCAGUGGAAGACACUACAGAUGAGAGUACAGCGUUUGCUUGGCGAUAAUGGAGUGCUCCUGUACCCAAGUCAUCCCAUGUUAGCACCCUACCACAGUGAGUCGUACUUUCGUCCCCUCAACUUUACCUAUGCAGCUGUCUUCAAUGCACUGGGAUUUCCUGUAACUCAGGUGCCUCUUGGACUAGACCAUAAUGGUCUUCCACUGGGUAUACAGGUUGUGGGAGGAAUGUACCAGGAUCAUUUAACCAUCUCUGUAGCUGAAGACCUGGAGAAGGCUUUUGGUGGAUGGGUUUGCCCAUCCAAGAUUCUAUGAUUUGAUUACACACUCAAGACCUAAUAGAUUAAUUGUUAAGUAAUCACUUUCUAGAACUUGAUAUGCAUUAACUUUCAAGCAUAUAGUAUGUUUAUGAGUGAAUAUUUUUAUAAUAUUUGUGAGAAAAAAAAUAGUUCUCCAGUGUUAAGUACAGUAACUUUGAAACUUUUAUGAAGUACAGGUUUCUUUAAUUCACCUGUGACUAAAUAAAGUCAUCUUUUAUA